UAAAGUUGGUAGGUGGUAUAUAUUAUAUGCGAUGGCAAGAGCGAAGCUCAAACGUACCCGCGCGCGCGCAUAGAGAGACGCGUCUUGUGUUGUGUGAUCUAUAGAUCAAUAAUGCAGUGUAUGUGCUAGUCAACCGAAGGAAAUAUGAGGCUGUCACUGCACCUGGCAGUGGUGCUGCUUGCAGUGUACCACACCUGCAAGGCAGACCGACCAACAAGGGAGAUCCAGUUCAGCUCCAACCAAAACUAUGCGGUGAUCGGCUCCCCCAUCUCCGCGAACCUCGAUGAAGAUGGAUACUUCUACCCGAAGCCGAAGAUACCCUUCCCGCCGCCGCCGCCACCACCGCCGCCAACUAGGCCGCCGCCACCACCACCGCCGCCCCCAACAAGGCCUCCACCACCACCACCGCCGCCACCAACUCGGCCCCCGCCGCCACCGCCGCCGCCACCAACAAGGCCUCCUAUAACACAGGCGACAGGCUACUACUAUGAAACGCCUAGAAUCCCGUUCCCGCCGCCGACGAGGCCGCCUCCACCACCACCGCCACCACCAACUCGGCCCUCCCCACCACCACCGCCACCAACAAGGCCACCUCCUCCUCCGCCGCCGCCGCCAACAAGGCCCCCACCUCCGCCAACGCCGCCGAGGACACCACCACCACCUCCACCAACUAGGCCACCACCGCCACCACCAACAAGGCCUCCAGUAACAAGGUCACAGGCUACUACUAUGAAACCCUAAAAUACCGUUCCCUCCACCACCAGGCCACCGCCGCCUCCUCCUCCACCACCGACUAGGCCGCCACCCCCACCACCGCCACCACCAACUAGGCCACCUCCUCCUCCACCCCCACCACCAACUAGGCCUCCACCACGCCCAACCCCACCUCCAACAAGGCCUCCACCGCCACCAACUUUCAAAACCCCAACUACAGGCUAUGAGUACAAAACACCAAGUAUACCUUUCCCACCUCCCACGAGGCCACCACCGCGUCCAACACCACCACCAACCAGGCCGCCACCUCCCCCAACAACCAGACGACCACCGCCACCACCACCUCCACCGCCGACAAGGCCACCCACAACCAGGCCUCCACCAACAUACAGCACCAUCUUGGAUCAAACUAGAACCACGGGAUAUACAUACCCAACUCCGUCAAUACCUUUCACUUACCCAACUACGACCAGGAGACCCUACAUUCCUCCUGUAACUCAGCCCACCACGCAGAGGACAUUCCCUCCCGUGACUUAUACUUACAGGCCUCCUCCGCCACCUACGCCUCCUCCAACCAGGCCUACUUACCGAACUCCGUCAACUUACCUACCACCUCCACCACCAACAAGGCCCCCUACACCUCCUCCAACUAGGCCACCACCGCCCCCAACGCGGCCUCCUACUAGGCCCCCACCACCACCUACCAGACCUCCGACAUUCAAGACUCCAGCUACAUAUCUUCCACCGCCACCACCAACCAGGCCUCCGACCCCACCGCCAACAAGGCCACCACCACCCCCAACAAGGCCACCAACAAGGCCCCCACCACCACCAACGCCUCCUCCAACCAGGCCACCGACAUUCAAGACUCCAGCGACAUAUCUUCCGCCCACCAACAAAGGCCACUUACCACCCCCACCGCCAACCAGGCCUCCAACUCCACCACCAACUAGACCACCACCGCCCCCAACAAAGGCCAUACUUGCCACCCCUGCCCCAACCAGGCCUCCAACUCCACCGCCAACAAGACCACCACCACCCCCAACACCACCACCAACAAGACCGCCACCUCCCCAACACCACCACCAACAAGGCCUCCACCACCUCCAACCAGGCCAACCCCACCACCGACAUACAAAACCACAGGCUAUGAUUACCCUACGCCUAAAAUACCAUUCACCUUCCCAACAACUUCGCGACCAACAACCAAUGCUCCUAUAUACUUACCCCCCAGUACCACGAGACCUCCGAUCUACAUUCCACCUCCAACAACCCCAAGGCCUUACACUAGGCCCCCAGUCUACAUCCCACCUCAAACUACGCGGCCUCCGGUGUACAUCCCCCCUUCAACAACAAGGCCUCCAAUCUACAUUCCUCCUCCAACGACUCCUAAGCCUUACACAAGGCCACCGGUGUACAUUCCCCCCUCAACAACAAGGCCCCCAAUCUACCUACCUCCUCAAACAACCCCUAAGCCUUACACUAGGCCACCAGUAUACAUCCCCCCUUCAACAACAAGGCCUCCAGUCUACAUUCCUCCUCCAACGACUCCAAGGCCUUACCAGCCCCCAGUUUACAUCCCCCCUCAAACUACGAGACUCCCCGUAUACAUUCCCCCUUCGACGACAAGAAUACCAUACACGACUCGACCGCCCUUCAUCGAAGAUAAGGGUUAUUUCUACGACCGACCACUCGUUCCCUUCGUAUUCUAAUUUAGUUUAGUUAAUUAGUUACAUGAUGCACCAAAAUUUGAUUAAAUACAUAGAAUAAUUAAGCACCUGAUUUGCGAAUAAAAAUUCGUAGAUUCGAUUGUAAUUACGGAUCGAAGUAAUUGAGUUUUUCUUAAAGAAAAAUUUUCAAUUACCAUUCGAAAUUAGAAUCGCUUUUAAGCAUGCAGAAAAUAAUAGUAGCUACUUAAUUUAUGAAAAUAUAAUUUGGUAGUAAAGGUAAAGUGCUAGUUUAUUAACAUGAGCAAUUUUAACGUUAUUGGGUAUAGAUAUUUUCACGAAUAUCCAUUUUCAAAUUUAGUUAAUUAAUCAUUGAUUUUAAUAUAGCUCAUUGACAAGUAGUGAAUAUAUUGCUUAAACUUAAUAAUUUUGGUGCAGCCAUGUCCUUUAAGUUGCCAUAAAAAUUGUGAUACCAAACGAGUACUACGUACUUACAGUCGCAAUAAUAAUUAUACUUUGUUAAUUAUGUUUGUUUAUAUAUUAGUAACUAGUUAUAUAUAUGUAACGGUAAUACUCAAAAAUCAAACGCGGAACCACUGCCUUUAACUAAUUCUACGUUUAAGAUUGUAAAAUAUUUUUUAAAUAAAAGAAAAUGAGAAAUA